UGACUGUGUUCUUAAGCACUUUGACUCCAAAAUUCUACUUUGCCCUUACAGUGACUUCGUCUUUUAUAUCUGGACUGAUAUUUGUGUUUGAGUGGUGGCAUUUCCGAAAAUACGGCACGUCUUUCAUUGAGCAGGUUUCUGUGAGUCAUUUGAGGCCCCUCAUCGGUGGCGUAGAAAACAGCCCUCCAGCACCAGCAGCGUUCUCAGCUGGAGAGAAUGAGACAAGCAGGCAGAAUAUGCCAGAGUGCAAAGUGUGGCGAAAUCCUCUCAAUCUUUUCAGAGGGGCAGAGUAUAGCAGAUAUAUGUGGGUGACUGGGAAGGAGCCUCUUACAUACUAUGACAUGAAUUUGUCUGCUCAAGAUCAUCAGAACUUUUUCACGUGUGAUACAGAUGCUCUUCGGCCUUCAGACACAGUUAUGCAGAAAGCAUGGCGAGAGAGAAACCCGCAAGCCCGGAUUAAAGCAGCGUAUCAAGCUUUAGAGUUGAACAAUGAUUGUGCCACUGCGUAUGUUCUCUUGGCUGAGGAAGAAGCAACAACUAUUGUAGAUGCUGAGAAGUAUUUCAAGCAGGCUCUGAAAGCAGGAGAAAUGAUUUACAGAAAGUCUCAGAACUGCCAUUCCCAAAGUCCCCAGCACGAAGCACAGCUGAGAAGAGACACCAAUGUGUUGGUAUAUGUGAAAAGGAGACUAGCUAUGUGUGCAAGAAAACUUGGAAGAAUACGAGAAGCAGUAAAAAUGAUGAGAGAUUUGAUGAAAGAGUUUCCACUUCUCAGCAUGCUCAAUAUUCAUGAAAACCUCCUGGAGGCACUACUGGAGUUACAGGCUUAUGCAGACGUCCAGGCAGUUUUAGCGAAGUACGAUGAUAUCAGUCUUCCAAAAUCAGCAGCAAUAUGUUACACAGCAGCCCUGUUAAAAGCCAGAGCUGUUUCAGAAAGGUUCUCCCCAGAAACUGCCUCCAAAAGAGGGCUCAGUACAGCAGAAAUUAAUGCUGUGGAAGCAAUUCACAGAGCUGUGGAAUUUAACCCUCAUGUUCCAAAGUAUUUACUAGAAAUGAAAAGCUUAGUGCUACCUCCAGAGCAUAUUCUGAAACGAGGGGACAGUGAGGCGGUAGCGUAUGCUUUUUUUCACCUCCAGCACUGGAAGAGGAUAGAAGGGGCUCUAAAUCUGCUACACUGUACAUGGGAAGGCACAUUUAGGAUGAUCCCGUACCCGUUAGAGAAAGGUCAUCUUUUCUAUCCCUAUCCGAGUUGCACAGAAACAGCAGACAGAGAACUGUUGCCAACAUUUCACGAAGUCUCCGUUUACCCACAGAAGGAACUUCCCUUUUUCAUCCAUUUCACAGCCGGCCUAUGUUCCUUUUCAGCAAUGCUUGCCCUCCUCACACACCAGUUCCCUGAGCUGAUGGUCAUUUUUGCUAAAGCUGUGCUGCGGGUGCUGUGGCCUGUGAGUGCUCCCAGCGUUCUGGCCUCCAGCUGAGCGGACCGUGCC